AUGCCAGCCUCGGUCCCAAGCUACUCGAGUUCCAACGUGGCGGAUGUGGAGGCAACGUGCCAGAAGUACGGCCUCAGUAAGGAGGAAUUCUUAGAGCUCCGCAAGGGAAGUGUAGCAGCCAAGGCGACGGCCUAUUGCCCUUACAGCCAGUUCCGGGUCGGCGCUACGAUCCUCUCCGCGGACGGCACCUAUAUCAGCGGCGCCAACGUUGAGAAUGCCGCCUACCCCGUGGGCACAUGCGCGGAGCGCGUGGCCUUCGGCAAGGCGGUCACGGAGGGGCAUAAGAAGUUCCGAGCGGUGGCGGUCGCCACUGAUAUAGCCCCCCCGGCCAGCCCUUGUGGGAUGUGCCGGCAGUUUAUACGCGAAUUCUGCGACCUCCAUAUCCCCAUCCUCAUGUUCGACAAGAACGACGACUACGUUGUGCUCCAAUUGGAAGAGCUGUUGCCAUUGUCCUUUGGGCCGGAAGCCUUGCCUCCUGUGCAACGUGCCAUGUGA